CUCCUCUGGCAGCUGCGGGCGUUGGCAGGAGCAGUCACAGGCGGUGCCUGCCGUCCGCGCCCAGCCCGCGGGGAGCCGAGGGGCGAGUAUCCCGCUGUGCGUACCGCAAGGCCCCCCCCCGCCAUGUUCCGGUUCCUGAGAGGUUUCGCGUUGCCGGUGGCCGCCUGCGACGGGAACAGGAAUGGCGAUUCCCGGUACGCCAACCUCUUCAGGAAGCUGGAUCUCAACGAAGAUGGGAGAGUGGAUAUCGCCGAGCUCCAGACGGGCCUCCGGGCUAUGGGCAUCCCUCUGGGGAAAGAGGCGGAGGAGAAAAUUUUUAAAGCUGGAGAUACUAACCAGGAUGGACAGCUAGAUUUUGAAGAAUUUAUGCAGUAUCUUAAAGAUCAUGAGAAGAAGAUGAAACUGGCAUUUAAGAGCCUGGACAAAAACAAUGAUGGAAAAAUUGAAGCAUCAGAAGUUGUCCAGUCUCUCAAGAUAUUGGGUAUAAGCAUUUCAGAAAAACAAGCAGAAAAGAUCCUGCAAAGUAUUGAUGCUGAUGGGACAAUGACAGUAGACUGGAAUGAGUGGAGAGAUCAUUUUAUGUUUAACCCAGCUACAGACAUUGAGGAAAUAAUUCGCUAUUGGAAACAUUCCACUGUGUUGGAUAUAGGAGAUAGUUUGACUGUUCCAGAUGAGUUCACGGAGGAAGAGAAAAAGACUGGGCAGUGGUGGAAACAGCUGUUGGCAGGAGGAGUGGCUGGUGCUGUCUCUCGAACAGGUACAGCACCGUUAGAUCGCCUUAAAGUGAUGAUGCAGGUUCAUGGUUCAAAAUCAAACAAAAUGAACAUAGCCAGUGGUUUUAAGCAAAUGUUGAAAGAAGGUGGUGUCCGAUCCCUCUGGAGGGGAAAUGGUGUGAAUGUUGUGAAAAUAGCUCCUGAAACGGCUAUUAAGUUCUGGGCUUAUGAACAGUAUAAGAAGAUACUCACUAAGGAUGAUGGAAAGUUAGGCACCGUUGAAAGAUUUGUAUCUGGUUCUUUGGCUGGAGCAACAGCACAAACUUCUAUUUAUCCCAUGGAGGUUUUAAAGACCAGAUUGGCUGUGGGUAAAACAGGGCAAUAUUCUGGGAUGUUUGACUGUGCUAAGAAGAUCUUAAAAAGAGAAGGUGUAAAGGCCUUCUACAAAGGCUAUAUUCCUAAUAUUCUGGGUAUAAUUCCUUAUGCUGGCAUUGACCUUGCUGUUUAUGAGCUCUUAAAGAGUACAUGGCUAGAACACUAUGCAUCAAGCUCUGCUAACCCAGGUGUCUUUGUAUUGUUGGGAUGUGGUACUGUCUCCAGCACAUGUGGGCAGUUAGCCAGUUACCCUCUUGCUCUUGUCAGAACACGCAUGCAGGCUCAAGCCUCAGUGGAAGGAGCUCCACAGCUAAACAUGGUCGGUCUCUUUCAAAGAAUUAUUGCUACAGAGGGAGUCAGAGGACUUUAUAGGGGCAUAGCCCCUAAUUUUAUGAAGGUGCUUCCAGCUGUCAGCAUCAGCUAUGUUGUGUAUGAAAAAAUGAAGCAGAAUUUGGGAAUAGCAUGAAAUGAAGGGAAAAGGUGAGAUGCUUCCAAUGGUGUUGGAAACACCAGGACAAAAAUGAUUUCUCAAGUAAUUUGCUCUCACAAUUAGAGACAGAUCUUUGUGGAGAGAUGGCUGCAACUUCUACUUUUCCCCUCAAGUGGGAAGAAACUUUCUUAAAUUCUAGUUCACCAUUUCUAAACAGAUACCUAUAUUGCACUUUAGAAUGUCACUGAGUUUAAAAAAAAUCAAGAAACUAUCUUUAAAUCAGCAAUAUGUUUAUAUUUUCAGAAAAUCAUGCGUAUUUUACUCAUUGGCUUUUUUUUAAUUUGUCUUCUCUAAAUGUGUAUUUGGCUUGGAUCAAACCAAAGGUAGGAGAAGUUUAUACUGCCUUGAUAUAUGAAAGUGACUUUUUGUUUUGUCAUGCUGCCUAUGCUCAAGCAAUUCACAGGCAGCAUUUUGCAUGCCUAUAAGUAAGCACUUACUAUUAUUAUUAUUUUUGAAGACUUAAUGUUAAGUUUGCAAGAAACAGGAUCUUAUAUCUUACAUACGGACAAGGAUGGAGUAACACAUUAAAAUGUAGCUCUUCAGGCUAAGCUUUUUUUUAUUAUUAGUAUUUUAUUUAAAGAAUAAGAGCCUGAGAAACUACUGUUCCAUGGUAUCGGAAUACCUCAAAUGGAUUUACACGGUAUUUUUGUAAUACAAUCAAUGGUUUUCAUAACUUGCUUCACUGGACCUGCUUUUCAUUGCACUUGUAAAUGUUAGCACCAUUAACCAUGACAAGCUUUGGCUGCACGUUUUAUAGGAUCAUAAUAUACAGGAACAGAAAAAGCUUGGUUACUAGGUCCAUUCCAUACAAGUGCAAGCUACUGUUUAAAAAGGGGGGUGGAAGAUUCAGUAUUAAGCUGAUAGUGAUUGUAAUACAACCAAUAGCAGAGCUCAUCGUAGUUGCCUUGGGGAGAAAAAUGCUACUCAUUUUGGACUCCCCAUUCUUUCCCCUACUCAGAGGGCUACAGUCCACUAUGUGUUUUUUAGCCAGUAGAGGACUGCAUUAUUACCUAAAGGUUUUACAGGUUUGUCAUGCGAGAUAAAUCCUCUUUCCCUCACAGUCUUCUGUGCACGCUGGCUGUGCGUGUGAAAUUCAGAUAGUAAAAUACUGAAGCAUUUUGUCCAAGUGACCAAAUGGGACUGCUGAUCUCAGGUGCCCAUCAGAUUGAUGCUAAUGAAACAAGCAGAGCACACCCACACAUAACUCAUUAGUGCUUGAGAAACAGCUCCUCCUCAAAAAACCAAAGCAGCACUUCCUUAAUGCAGAAAGUAGGUAUUUCCAUGUACAAGUACUUCCAAAGUGACUUCCUUUUUUGGGGGGGAGUGGGGUGGUGAUGUGGCAUUUCAGUUGCCUUCAGGCCUGAACACUGAAAUAGAGUAACAAUUAUUGCUGAGCUCAUUUGUUUUGCUUUGUCUGCUUUCUGCAAUCUGUGGUGUCUUAAUCUUUGUAAAUUUGAGAUUAUACUUAUCUUGACCUUCUAAAAGCAACUCCUCUUAGACCACUUCCUGAAAUUGGGUUACUGAAGGAAGAACUUUGUUCCUGUCAGGUCAUUAAGGGUCUCUUUUUUUUUUUUUUUCUUCUGUGUUUUUUUGGUGGGUUGUGGUGGUUUGGGUUUUUUUGUUUGUUUGUUUUUUAACAAAACAAAUAGCAAGCAAACAUGAAUAACUGCCUGAACCUACCUUGUCCCACAUGAACUAUUUGGGCCAUAUUUUUUUUUCAAUCAGCAAUCAAAUGUAAAUCUCUGUUCAGUGCUUCCAUGGCUGGUGUUUAUUGUCCAUAAACUGAUAGAUAACAACUCCAUAAAAUUUGUAUUAUAAAACAUUGUUUUAUCAGAUUUCAGAAAAUGGCAGCUUUAGCUGUGUCUUUUGGCCUUCCCUUUAGGGAAACCUUGGACUUUGCACUUUUUUAAAAAAACAAAAAGUCAUUCUAUCCAAAUCAUCCUUAUGUACAAUGCCUUUCUGAUCUGAAUGUUUCUUGGUUUUGCCAACAUUCUUGUAUCGUUGUGGGAUUUGUGAGAUCAGUUUCUAAUCAUUUUGUUUGACUGUGACCAAUGACCAAAUGUAUUGUGUGUGUGUGAUGCAAAGCUGACUUUAGCAAUGUCUAUCUUCUAGACUUGCUCCAUUUUGUUUAUAGUGUGCAAGUGCCAUUAUGAGUAUUGAAAAUUACGGUAAUGAUGUUUUCAAAUGUUGAAAAGAUGGAGUCUUUCAAAUUUAAUUUUUCAUUAUGUGCCUUUAUGAUGACUGUGUUCAAUUGUGUAUUCUUUGUCUCUUAAACAUACGUUUACCUUUUUAGCUCUAUAAAACUACCAAUUUCUAAUAAAUGUUUGUUUCCUUACCUGG